UUCCAAUUCGUCAAUUCUUGCUACUAAAUUUUCCAAACCUUACAACUAUAGUUAAUUGCUCAUGGAAAGACAUGGCACAAAGUACGACCGCACACAGACGACACUAGGAUAUGAUCAUGGCAGCGAGCUCGAGGCUGAGGAGCGACCUGAAGAUUUUCAUUCGCCCGAGUGGCGCAAGCGCAGCAGACACUUUCUAGUCUUGAGUAGUGCUGGAAAGCCCAUAUACAGCCGAUAUGGUGACGAGUCGCACCUAUCGACGCUGAUGAGCGCCAUCCAAGCGAUUAUAUCAACAUUUGCCGAUAUGAGCGACCCAGUGCGGUCAAUGACUGUCGGCAGCCACACACUGGUAUUUUACACAAACGGGCCGCUGUAUCUGUUGGCUGUCUCAGACAGGGGAGAUCCAGAAGACCUGCUGCGCAAUGAACUGCAGAUUCUGCACAGUCAGAUAGUGAGCAUAUUGACAUCGGCGCAGCUGACAAAGAUAUUCGAGCAGCGCAGCAAUUUUGAUCUUCGGCAGCUGCUGGGCGGCACAGAGACCAUUAUUGACCAGCUUGUCGACCGCAUGGAUACCGACUUUACUUUUUUGCUUGGGUCGCUGGACACGCUGUGGAUACGCUACCGGCUGCGCGAUCGCAUCGGAAAAGCCCUACUGGCAUCGCGGCCAAAAGGCCUCUUGUAUGCGAUGAUGGUUGCAGAUAUGAAGCUGGUGACACUCAUGCGGCCGCGCAAACACAGCCUGCAUCCGUCGGACCUCCAUCUUCUGUUCAAUAUGUCAUCCUCUAAGAACUUUGCCACUGGCGAGCAUUGGACGCCCGUGUGCUUCCCAAAGUUUAAUGACAAAGGGUUUUUGCACGUGUAUCUAAACUACAUCACGCCGAACGUCGCAAUUAUGCUUGUUUCUGCCGAUCGCAACAGCUUCUCAACCAUAUCUAAAUACUGCCAGAACAUUGCUGAGGAUCUGUCGACCGAUGACUCUCUCAAUAGGCUGGACGAUGCCGCAACCCAACGAGCUUUGAGGCCACGCGAGCUGGGCGUGAGCGGGCUGCUACAGUUAUAUUACAGACAUAAAACGUUGGUCCAGCAUUUUGGCACGCGCUUCGAACAGUCUGUUGAUAGCGACCAGCAACGACGGAUCAUCAGCACGUACAAGAGGAUGCGGCUGUACAUGACCAAGGGCGGGCCGAAUCCACUGCGAAUUAUAUACCACCGCAGUGCAGAGGACACAGUCCUAGCCUGGCAGUCGAGCGCGUUCGAGUUGUAUGCGGCGGUCGAGCCGUUGAUGGACGUGAAAGUCAUGAUUCGCCUGGUCAAUACUGUGCUGGAGUGGAUCAAAAACGAGGAGGACCACUUGUUUGUGAUAAACGCACCCAGCUACUGACCAAUUCGGCCGGCAGCCUAAAAUUAAUAUCUUUAUAAUACCCAAAGCUGCAAAGGUAGAAUAGUUGUGCCAAGCACACGUGUAUAAAAUUUAUAAAAUUUCUAAUAUCAAAA